AUGUAUACCUGGUUCAUCAUCAUCGUUUCCGUCUGCUUUGCCGCCCUUAUGUUCCGCUUUCGGCGGGGAGACGGCAAGAAGCUACCUCCAGGCCCCUCGUUAUUCUCCUCCGGCAGCUACUUAGUGUUAUUUACCAGUAAUUUCGUCAUGCAGGGGAUCGUCCCCGUUCUCAGAGAUCUAAAAUCCAAAUAUGGACCAGUGGUGACUCUUUACUUCAGUUCUCGUCCUCUCAUCUUCAUCGGCAGCCAAGAUCUCGCUCACGAAAUCCUCAUCAAGAAUGGUUCAAGCGUAGCUGACCGCCCUGGCAGCUUGAUAAAGCGUAACAUCUCCACAACCCGGUAUGGCCCAACUUGGAGGGCCCUUCGUGGCAAUCUUGCGACGGAGAUCCUACACCCCUCCCGUGUGAAGCGCUAUUCCGGGGUCCGCAAUUGGGCCCUUCAAAUCCUGAUUGGUCGCCUGCAGCAGCAGCAGGACGCAGCAGGAAUCAAGGUGGUUGAUCAUUUCGAGCACGCCGUCUUCAGCAUGUUGGCGGUGAUGUGCUUUGGAAAGAAGCUUGACGAGCAUCUUGUUAAUGAAAUUAUUAGCAAGGUGCGUGAAGUGCUGUUUGCAUUCCAUCCCGGGAAUUUGAGUGUUAACUUACUACUUACUUUUCCAAGAUUGGGGAAGAUAUUAUUGAGAAGUAAAUGGAAGAAGUUGUUGCAAAUUCAGGAAGAUCAAGAACGAUUGUUGCUUCCGCUUAUUAUUUCUCGAAUUGAAGCUACUAAGUCUGAAUCACGAGGAUCAUUGACUUUAACUUACGUUGACACGCUGGUGAAUCUACAGCUUCCUGAGGAAGAGAAAAACAAUCGAAAUGGUGGAAAGUUGACCGAGGUGGAGAUGGUUAGCAUGUGUAGCGAGUUCCUUAACGGUGGCACAGACACCACCUAUAUUGCUCUACAAUGGAUCAUGGCCAAUCUUGUUAAGUAUCCUCACAUUCAGAGGAAGCUUUAUGAUGAAAUAAUCUCUGUGGUUGGACCUCCACCUCCAGCGCCACCACCAGGGGUGGAACUGGAAUCAUUUAUAAGAGAAGAGGAUCUACAGAAUAUGUCAUACCUGAAAGCGGUAGUUUUGGAAGGGCUGAGGAGACAUUCACCAGCGCCAUUCCUGCUGCCCCAUAGGGCCCAAGAGGAGGUACACCUGCAAGGAUUUACUAUUCCACGUCGUGCCACUGUUAAUUUCACGGUGGCGGAUAUGGGUCUCGAUCCAAAGGUUUGGGAAGAUCCCAUGGAGUUCAAGCCAGAGAGGUUCUUGCAGGUUAAAAAUGGUGUGUUCGAUAUAACUGGACGCAAAGGGAUCAAGAUGAUGCCAUUUGGUGCUGGAAAAAGAAUGUGUCCUGCUUAUACUUUGGGUCUGCUUCACUUGGAAUACUUUGUUGCCAACUUGAUUUGGUAUUUCCAUUGGACUCCACCCGAUGGUCAUCAUGAUGUUGAUCUCACAGAGAAGGCCGAGUUCACCAUCGUCAUGAUGAACCCUCUGCAAGCAAAAAUCUCUUCAAGGACAGAUAAAAUAACCACCUGA